GCGUUCGGACCACAUGGAGUCCUGUCGAGUGUUGUGGGGCACGUGCUGAUCUCAGACUUCGUCGAGGCUGUCCCAGCCAUGCGGGUCUUUCCAACAGAGGACGAACUCCGAUCCUUUUGGCGCAGGUGUAUCUCGCUGGAAAAGGCAGGGAGUGAGUCGUUCGGGUCGGGUGGAGAGCCAAGAAAGCAGCAAAUGCUGUUUGACAAGGAGCUGUUUUGUGGAAUUGCUUGUGAGAUUGCUGGUUGCUUUGAGAAAUCGUCUCGAAAGCAGUCACAGAGAUUCAUGGCAAGUGCAGGUGCAUUCCUAGCCGCGGUAGCUGUUACCGAAGUGUCAGGAGGGCGUCCGCCGGGCGUCCCGUCACUAGAUUCAGAGCGUUUUAUCAUGCUCCAGGCGCGAAUACUGCGAGUCAUUCUGUCAGCUUUCGGACAAGAGUGGCUCGGAAGGCACACCUUGCCCUUGGGCGGCCUGCUCGCCUUCACGGAGCCUUCUGCCUGCACCACAAAUUCCACGUCGACGUCGGUGAAGAGUGCAGCACCGGUGCAGAGGGCCAAGCAGCUGGGAUAUCCGACCAAGCAACCGCAAGCGCAGGAAAGUCAACCUGCCAAGUCCAAAGAGUCCAAAGAGUCCAAAGAGUCCACAGGCACAUUUGGUGGCAUCGAUGAUUCGGAAUUUUGCGGUGUGGAUUUGGUGUGGCAGCCGUCACCAGAGAGAUUUCAACUGGGCGUGGAUGAGGACGAACGCGGCAACCAGGACCUGGAGCGCAUGUACAGCUUCGUGCGCCCUGCCCGAGCGACAGCUCCAAUUCCAUACAUCCCACCGACAGCCCAGGUAACAUUGCCGCGAGCACGCGACCCCUUUGACUUUGUGUCAGAUGAAGUGAGGCAAAUGCAAGGGCCGAAGCGCUCUCCCGCGUUCAGUCCACAGGACGUAGCUGGAAUCAGCCCUCGUCACAGUGAGUCACCUGAGUCGGAGUGGGAAAGGAAUCGAUGUCGCCUUGGCUUUGGCACUCCAAAUCCUGUGCUGGCUGGACCAUGCGGUGGUCAAAAAGUGGAGUUGAGCUGCUU